CCAGGGCCAACAACGCCCUUGGCCACGCCCACACCUGUUAGUCUUAACCUACUACUCGAACAGGUUCAGUUUUCAGAAACCCCCAAUUUCUCAUCCGGAUUCUAUGUUCUUCAUCCAGCUUCCAAUUUCCAACACCCUCUGCACAUAUUACCAACAUUAAUGGUAUCCGGAUCAUCUUCCUCCCAUAUUUCGAUCCAAUCCACCACUAAUCGCUAUUUCACAGCAGAUCAGUUAGUUGAAGAUGGACAACGGCAAUAGGUUUCAUGACGCAAGCAAUUUCAACCACCAGUUGUCUAAUUUGAGCAUUGGCGACACUGUUAAUGGCUAUAGUAAUACUUCAAGUACUAUUAAUGGCGUGAAUAAGGGUGAUGGAUUGUUUCAGGUCAUGAAAGCAGUUGAAGCUGCUGAAGCCACAAUUAAACAGCAGGUUGAAGAGAAUCAUAGAUUGAGGUCGGAGCUUCAAAAGAAGAUUCAGGAACUUGAAAACUAUAAAUCGAGUGAUACAAAGACUGAAAAUACUCCCCCAAUUGGUCAUUCGAACAACCAUGAAAAUAAGGAUUUCAUGGAGACCCAAAUUAACGAAGCCGCUAAAAUGGUUCCUGGUGACCACACAACAACAAAUAACGGGGGCAUGUUUUCUUCAGCCUCUACAUCAUUGCUUUCUCCUUCAAGGUAUCAACCGGAGCGAGAAUAUGAUCCACAGUUUAAUGCAUCUGUACAUGGACAAAGGCUCAUGACAAUAUCUGGUGUACAGAACGCUGAAAUCCCCUUAAAUCAGAUCGUUAUUGACACCCGAGAUCAGGAGCAAGACAUUUUGUUGUUGAGAAAGCAUCUUGCUGACUUUUCAAUCAAGGAAGCCAAAAUACACAAUGAGAAGUUAGCAUUGGAGAAACGAAUUGCUUAUAUGCGUUUGGCCUUUGAUCAGCAGCAAAAGGACCUCGUUGAUGCAGCAUAUAAAGCCCUUUCAUACAGACAAGAGAUUAUUGAAGAAAAUAUACGCCUAACAUAUGCAUUGCAGGAUGCACAAGAAGAACGAACAACAUAUAUACAAUCUUUAAUGCCUCUUCUUGCUGAAUAUUCUCUUCAGCCACCAGUUGUUGAUGCCCAGUCCAUCGUUAGUAAUGUCAAGGUACUUUUUAGACAUUUACAAGAGAAGCUCAUAGGUAUCGAGACAAAGCUAAAAGAGUCUCAAUAUCAACUAACAGCCUGGCGUUCUGAUGUGAAUCCCUCGAGUUAUGCACCAUCACCGUUGCAUUCAUUUGGGAACAAAAACGGGCUUGAAUUGGUGCCGCAACAAGCAUACUCUGAUGGACAAGUACCAAUGUCAUCAGACCAUCUGACUGCUAGAGGCUGGGAUGUAGCAGGACAUUCAGGUGGUGUUGCCGACAAUUUGGAGCCUGAUUCAGGGAGGUAUUCACCUCUCAUGAACAGAAAUGAUCAUUCACUUGGGACAAAUGCACAAGUUGCUAGUCACCAGGGUAAUUCGUAUCCUACAAGUAAAAAUGAGGAAAUUACCAAUAAACAAGUUACAUUUAGCGAUCCGGUUAGCAAUAAUGACGAUGAUUUUGAUGAGGAGGGAAACCAUAAUGAAGGAAAUGAGGGGGAACCAUUUGCCAAUUGGAAUUCCAAAAAAUCAUCUUAUACAACCACACUUGAGGAUCCUAACUCAUAUUCUCCGUAUUUAUCUCCGGUUCUUGAAGAACCUGGUUCUUCAUUCUCUGAAGCUGCAGAUGAUGACCCGUUACCUGCAGUAGAACAACUCCAAAUUUCAGGCGAACCUCUCCCGGGUCGAGAACUACAAGCAAGUGGAUACUCUAUCAAUGGAACUACAAGCUGUAAUUUUGAGUGGGUACGACAUAUGGAAGAUGGGUCUGUUAGCUAUAUUGAGGGUGCGAAACAACCAACCUAUCUUGUUACUGCUGAUGAUGUUGAUACAUACCUUGCCAUUGAAGUCCAGCCCAUGGAUAAUAGAAAGCGGAAGGGUGAACUUGUAAAGGUUUUUGCCAACGAGAACAGAAAAAUUGUAUGUGAUCCUGAUAUGCACGACCAUAUCAGAAAAGCUCUUCAGACUGGUUAUGCCGAACAUAGAUUGUCCUUGUGGACGGGAUACCUCGACAUAUGGGAGCCAGUUACAUUAGUGAUCAAGAAGGAUGGAAUUAACAUAAAGGGUGGUGGCACUCCGGUCAAUGAGAAGUUCAGUCCAACCGCAACAGUAUUUAUUCCAUAUGGAAAUCCGGUGGAGUUUUCUAUUAUUGGUUUAGGAAGUGCUGAGAGGAAGCUUCGAGUGGAGCAAGAACCAGCUACUGCUAUCGGUUCAAGGGAUAUCAUCGUUCUCACCUUGAGAUACUUUAUCAAACGGGCUGUUGAGAAAAAGAAGGCGAAAAAGAAGGGCUUAUUCUUUUGAUGAACAAAUGGUUGAAUUCUUUAUCAACUGAAAAAGGGUAAGACCGGACCAACAUAACCUGGACCGUUGGACCAAAGGCCGAGCAGAAGGGAAAUUGUGGACCGAAGACGUAACCGAUAAGCAGUGGUUCGGUACCUGGUCGGUUCCAGAACCGGUCGGUUUUAAAUCUUACUGGAAAUUGAAAUACGUUUAUUGUAUCUGAUUUGGGGAUUAUAUUUUCGUUUUUGUUCAACAUGAUAUAAUGAGUGUUACAUGCAUUAGCCAUUUGUACAGUACAAACGAUCACUGCACAUGAAGGGUAAUCAGUUUUUGCUUCCUAUCUUAGUUUUGGAAGGGUUAUAAAUUACAAAGACAACUAGGAUUUUACCGGUCCUGGGUUCGAUUCUCA